AAAUAAACCAAGCCCAAUGACACCCGUAUAGGCUUUUUGGUUAAAUGGGCUGGCUGAUAUACUCUAGGGUUUUCUUAACCCCUCACCUCUCUCGUCGUCUCCAACGCCACCCCGUACCUUUUUCUCUCUGAGAGAAUAGCAUCCGGAGAAUCAUCGGAGCUGCCCCCUCAAAAUGACGAAGAGGACAAAGAAGGCCGGAAUUGUCGGGAAGUAUGGUACCCGUUAUGGUGCUAGUUUGAGGAAGCAAAUUAAGAAGAUGGAGGUUUCCCAGCACAACAAAUAUUUGUGCGACUUUUGUGGAAAGUAUGCUGUGAAGAGGAAGGCUGUUGGCAUAUGGGGCUGCAAGGAUUGUGGCAAGGUCAAAGCUGGCGGUGCAUACACAAUGAAGUCAGUCCUCUGAUAUGUUACUUCCAUUCUCUUUAUUUUAUUUUAUUUUUUUUGGAGGGCAAAAUUCACUAAUUCAUGUUUUUCUCUUUUCCAUUUUCCUCUGUGCAACAGUACCGCUAGUGCUGUGACAGUUAGGAGCACAAUCAGGAGGCUGAGAGAGCAGACCGAGAGUUGAUUCUGAUCUAGAUCUAUGUUCUGAUUUUUAUUUUCAGAGUUAAUUUAAGCUAGCUAAGGCGAGUGAUUUGUUGUCGAACUGAUAAGAGGGAAACAGAUUUUGUGGGGCAAAGUUUCAUUCAGUAUGCUGUGUUACUUGUUAGCAAGUUUUGAUGUCUAACGUGAAUUACGCUUCGUAAACAAAUUUAAGCAGUGACAUUAUUUCGCAAAUAAGUUUCUAAAGAACAUGAAACAUUCUAUUUCCAACACCAAAGGACGACUAUAGUUGUACACAAAGAGAAUGAUUGUCACUGACAUCAGAUCACUGACUCCCAUUUCUGUUCUCUGGUCUCUGGCUCUUCAUUGUUUGGUCAUCUGAACGCAC